UUCCACCGGCUCAAAGAAGGAGGAGACACCGGGAGAAGCAGCGGAGGAGCGGACGGACACCGUGAACACCACAUCUGUUCCUCCACAUCUGGACCAAUCAGGACCGGACUCCUAUUAUUAUUAUUAUUUCUAUCAUUAUUAUUAUUGUUGCCUUUUUUCUACACUUUCUCCUGAUUGAAAUCAAUGAAGGAGAGACGCUCUUGUCAGAAACCAUCUCUGAAAUCCAGCAUGGAUCCCAGUCACAGUGUGAAGUGUAAGAUAGUGGUGGUGGGGGACAGCCAGUGCGGGAAGACUGCGCUGCUUCACGUGUUCGCCAAGGACUGUUUCCCGGAGAGCUAUGUCCCCACAGUGUUUGAGAACUACACGGCCAGUUUUGAAAUCGACACACAGAGGAUCGAGCUCAGCCUGUGGGACACCUCAGGUAAAAACAAUGUGUCACCUCUCUCUCUCUCUCUGUCUGUGUGUGUGUGUGUGUGUGGUGAAGUGUCCAGACCUGUCACACUUCAAUCAAUGACACAGAAAUGGAAAGGGGAGAUCCAGGAGUUUUGUCCCAACACCAAGAUGCUGUUGGUUGGAUGUAAAUCCGACUUGCGCACUGACUUGAGCACAUUGGUGGAGCUUUCCAACCACAGACAGACACCAGUGUCAUAUGACCAGGGUUCCAGCAUGGCCAAGCAGAUCUCGGCGCCCUACAUCGAGUGCUCGGCUCAGCAGUCAGAGAACAGCGUCAGAGACAUUUUCCAUGUGGCCACGCUGGCUUGCAUCAACAAAAACCACAAAAACGUCAAGCGCAGUAAAGCCACCCGUGCCAACAAGAGGAUUUCACACAUGCCCGGUAGGCCCGACCUGGCGGCCGUGGCCUCGGACCUCCGGAAGGACAAAGCUAAAAGUUGCUCUGUCAUGUGACUGACCAGACUGAGGGGGAUUAGACUGAGGAGAAUGAGGACAGAACCCAGUGCAAGCAGGAAACGAUGGGGCAGCGCUCUUUCCUGCAUGCUAAAGGCCCCCGAUUUGUCUGGAGAGGGCUUACAUAAGCUUCAACUCAUCUACAUGUUACUGGAAUACUCUGCACCAACGAAAACCCAAUGCGUAGCAGCGUCUAAAUCCAUUUGGCCCCCUGCCCUAUCAGACAAGGAAGCAAUCUGUCAGAGGGCUACCUGCUUGAGGAAGUGACCUGCUUCCUCUGGGAGGACAAAGCGGAUGCGAUGGAGGCUUUCCACGCCAACAGGAAACGAGCAGGAGAAGUGAUGUCAUGAGGAGACACUCAUUCGUAAAGGAAGGGCUUGAGAACUUGUGAUCUUUCUGAAUGAGAACCAAAGUCUGCGAUUAGGGGUUUGGAUGCCCGGGAAAAAAAGAGGAGCGGCUGUUGUUUGUGCCAGAUCAAGGACUUUUUGCUCGGAGGGCUUAUACAACAACUCGCCACUGUGGUUUGGAACUGAUUCACUCUCACCCCUGCUCCUGUAGCUCCUGUAGUAACUGUCUGUGUGCAGAGGAGACUAGAAGAGGUGUUUCCUCACCCUGUGUGAAGGAAUCCUGGCGCUGUGUGUCCUCUGUCUUUGAAAUGUUGUCGGUAUAAUGUGAAGUCAUUGGUGUGUAACUGCGUCAUUGUUUGAUUUUUAAGCUUAAUCCUGAUGAGUUGCAGCCACGAGGAGCUGAUCCUAGAAGUUGUCCGAGGUUAAAACUGCACGUUUGUACCAGUCAGGCACCAUUUCUCCUCAACAGCUAUAGAUGUGCGCUGAUUUUCUGAAGACGUUCUCCACACACAGUUCAGCUGCAUGGACAACAUGAAACUUGGAAACCAUUAGCAAAGAGGCUGGAGGGUUUGGCCAACAAUUCCUUUAGUCCAUGUAAUAAACACGUUGAAUUUGGCCUUUUAUUUCCUCGAAGAGUGAGUGAUCGAGUUGAAAGCAACAACUGGAACCCGUUUUUCAGAAGUUGUCUGAAUCAUCUGUUGGGUAAUAUCUUCAUCAGGGCCCAGCAGAGAGUCACUGCUAAAUCGAUUCAUUCCAAAGGAUUUGCUGGAAGUCGUUAAUUCACUCACCCAUGUUAAAAAAUCUGGUGGAGGCCCAAAUUGUAUGCGUGGCGCAGCAAACGGAGGCUCAUGCUGAACCAUUCCUUCUCCCCAUUAUCACGCUCUACUGUCCAAUCAAUGAAGGUGAAAAUGGCAAAAGAAAUGUCCACGGGGACUAAGGAGCCAGAGUUCAAAAUGGCAGAUGCUUAGUAGCUGUGUUGCAACUUUUGUUUAACUUGUUUAACAGGUUUUAGGACAGAUAUGAGUCAAUAUUCAGUCAUUCACACGUCUUCAAUAAACACUGUGAACUGUGAUCAUAUUAUUCUUCCUACGGGGUCAUUUCACGAGCCUCGGGCCUCCACUUGAAAUACGACUUAACAAAUCAACAAAUCAGAAAAUGAGCCUACAAAAACAUAACGUUAUCGAAUCUGUGGUUUUCCUCUUAACGACUGUGCAAUUUAAAGACUAGUUAUUGAUGCACUUUUAAUGAAACUUUAAACUUUCCCCAUUAGCUUGUUCAAAUGCCAGUAAACUGUUGCCUGACUCUUUUUUUAAUCUUCAUUAUUUUCUCAUCUGUUGUCUCCUUCCCAUGUACAUUGUCAUGUUUUCUUGAAUGUUGAUCUCACCUUCAAAAUGUCUUUGCCAAUGUUGUUGCGACAAUAUUUAUUGAAUUAUAUAUUUUCCCUUUAGAAUAAAUGCAAAUGGAAUUGAA